UAAAAUACCUAAUCAGUGACGUUCCACGGGAGAGGUUUACUGCAGUUGGAAAUACCCUCAGUCUUGUUACACUUGGCAAGGGACAGCCCUGUCCUCUAAGGUAGAGAGUUUUAAAGUUGUAGUCCUUUUAGUACAGGCUAUUUCUACAAGCACAUUGGACAGACAGAAUCACCGGGACGUCUACGCAUAUCAAAGGGCAGGUGUGGACAAGUUUCAGUACCUGGGACAUAUCUCACAUAUCAUAGAUCUGGCUGAGGACGUCUUUCAGGGUUGAGCGCUUCUGCUCAGUUCUUGGAGGACUUCUUGAAGGCUUGUCGAUGACCUGCUGGUCUGUCAGCACCACGGGACACUCAGAAAAUUCAGCAAGUACAAUCAUACACCAGUAGAGGGCCCCGUGUGACAACACACAGGAAGUAUUAUAAUUGCUGUAUUAUUUGUGGAAGUGAUACUAUAUAUUUUUUAAUGUGUUUAGCCAAUGACCAAGCCAUUUGGUCUCUUAAUUCAUUACUUUGGUUUUGUUUCAUAUUAAUUAACAUUGGUCUAAAAGUACUUGGAGAUAAUAUGCAAAUUAAAGGAACUAUUAAAAUAGUAUUCUCUAUACUCAAGCACACAGCAGUACACUGAACCAGUCACUAAAUUCUGGGUAACAAAUGAAAAAAACAAGGAUUAAUUAUUAACAACAGGUGUGUGGCCCAACCUGAUCAGCUGACUAGGACAAGCUCAAAGAAAAAAACCUGUUUGGGACACCUUUGAAUUGCAAAGAGAAAUGCAGGAAGCAGCAUCUUAGGAGAGCUGUUGAGUACACAUUAGGCCUACUUCAGGGGUAGCAAAAAUGCUGCAAAAAAUCUUUAACAUCCUGGCCCUUUUUGCUUUUCUCAGCUUGGCAUGUUUUGUUGUGUUUGUAUUCAACCACAAAAACAGCACUUUUACUUUUUUUACUAAGCCAUCAAAUGAAAAUGAUUUUUGGGACAAGAAGACUGAAGCUAGAAAUGGCAGCCCAAAUAAGACAAUAACGCUGCCCAGUACAACCAAAAUUCUGGGACCCUGCCCUGACACUCCUCCAAAUCUUGUUGGUCCUCUCCAUGUGGAGUUUAAUUAUAAACGCACUUUGGAUGAGGUGAGAGAGGUGAUCAGUGUUCCUCUUCAGGAGGGAGGACGGUACAAACCACCAGACUGUAUCGCCAAACAGAAGGUGGCGAUCAUCAUCGCAUUCCGAAAUCGGCAUGAGCACCUGAAGCAUUGGCUGUUUUAUCUCCAUCCUAUAUUGAUACGACAGCAGUUGGACUACACUGUGUACGUUAUCAACCAGGAUGGUGAAGGAGUGUUCAACCGGGCUAAACUGAUGAAUGUAGGCUAUGCUGAAGCACUGAAGGAAUAUGAUUAUGAGUGCUUUGUCUUCUCUGACGUAGAUCUAGUUCCUAUGGAUGACCGUAACCUCUAUAGAUGUUUUGACAAGCCCCGACACUUGGCUGUGGCUAUGGACAAAUUUAACUUCCAUUUACCCUAUACCGCCUACUUUGGCGGGGUUUCUUCAUUGUCCAAGGAGCAAUACUUGAAGAUUAACGGCUUCCCGAACACUUACUGGGGCUGGGGUGGUGAGGACGACGAUAUCUAUAAGCGAAUUUUCUACCGUGGAAUGUCAAUCUCUCGACCUGACAAUGUGAUAGGAAAGUACAAAAUGAUCAGACAUCAGAGAGACCGGCACAAUGAGCCUAACCCACAUAAUCCUGACAAACUGGCCCAUACCAAGAAGGCCAUGAAUAAAGAUGGAAUUAAUUCCCUCAGUUACACAGUCAAGGAGAUUGUGAAGGACAAACUUUACACUUUUAUCACUGUGGAUAUUCAGGCUCCGCCAAGCUGAGUGUUGGUGGAACUUGUGGAUCUGGGACUGCUGUUGACUUUGGAUUCUUUGGUGUUUAAGUCUUAAGAAUCAAGCUAAGGCAGCUUGAACCGAUUCAGCCUUGGGUGUGUCAGAUGCAUGUCUUGGUGUAGGGUUACAGAUGCAAACAUUUGCGCAUGUGUGGACAAAGACAUUUUGGCAAUUGUUGCAUCCAGUAGAUUUUUGUGUACUGCAAGGCUAAAUAUCACAUGUGUAGCGGAUGUAAAGGCCAGACCGGAGUGUUUGGUUGGCCAAUGAGGUGUUGGGUCUUAUGGUUUCUAAUUUAUACAGUAGUUUCUCUUUUGCAUGAUUUUGCAAUAUCAACUUUAAAUUGUUGUUGUUGAAAUUACUGUUACUGUGAAUGUGGAACAUACUGGAAAGGUGUAGCCUACAGUAUCACUGCAAAAACUAAAAUCUAAGUAAGAUUAAUUAUCUUAAUUGAAGGCAAAAUAUACUUGUUUUUGUCUGACAAGAUAUUUUUUCUUACCAGGCGGCUUUUAUGUAAGAGAAUUUCACUUGUUU